GCGCUGGGUGAUUCGACAGGGGCGUAGCCAGCCAAUCGCAGCGCUGGGUCAGGGAACGGCGGCGGCCCCGGAAGUUCAGUCCGGGUGUCAGAAGGUUUUCCUCUUUCUCUUCGGGUUCUUCGGGUUCUUUACGAUCUUCGGGUUCCUCACGUUGUUCGGGUUCGGUGGGAGGACCAACAUGUCUGCGCUGGGCGCUGCCUGCGGGAAGGGGGCCAAAGCUUCCUUCGUUUCAUACGUCAUCCCGGAGGAAAUCAAAGCAGAGAAAGACUUUGGCAAGCAGGACAAACCGCCGAACCUCCUGCCAGGGGAGGUGGUGUUCUGCGGAGCCUCCAAGGUGCUGCGCUACAGGCAGGAUGAUGUGUCCCAGCGCGGGUUGUUCGGGACGCUCGUCUGCACCAACUUCCGCCUGGCGUUCGUCAGCGACCAGGACCCAAGCGAGGAGCUGGAGAACCUCUUCAGGAACAAAAUGUACGGAGAGGACGACAUUCCUCUGGCCUGUGUGGACAACAUCUAUGGAGUGUAUGAAGACAAGAGGAAGUUGAUCACCGGAGGAAUGGUGAAGAAUAAGAUUCCCUCUAAACUCGUGAUCCACUGCAAAGACCUGCGCGUGUUUCAGUUCACUCUGACCUACUGCCUGGGAGAGGAGGCCAAGAGGAUCUUCCAGGGCAUCACCCACCACUGCCUGGAGCCGAAGUCUCUGAGGAACCUGUUUGCCUUCUCCUUCUGUGAGCUCAACAGUUUCCCCGAGAUGAAGAGGCAGCAGAAGACGCUGAUGUUUGAGGUUCUGGACGACUGGGCCCAGGACAUGAACCGCCUCAGGGGAGCCUGCCGAUUGGUCGAUGAGAACGCAGAGUUUGGCCUGUCACCCAGCCUGCCUCAGUUCUUCAUCGUUCCUUCAAACGUCUCGGAGGCUGACCUCAACCCCUUCCAGGGCCACGGGCUUCCAAUGUGGUGCUGGUCCCACCCCAGCGGCUGCGCUCUCUUCAAGACCUCCGCUCUGCCCGCCGCAGUCCUGCAGGAGGACCCAGUCGCACAGGCCUACAUGGAGAAGAUGCUGACCGCGGUGGCUCAUAACUACCUGUUCUCGGUGAAGACGGAGGACCUCUCGGACACCCUGCCCUCCGUCACCGAUAUCCAGCUCGCCUACAACAAGUUCAAACACUUCUUCCUCAUUGGUCAGUGGGAUAGCCAAUAGAACGCAUGCGUCUUUUAGCCAACGCUUGGAGUGAGAAGAGUCAGAGCAAGUUUCUGCACUACAAUAGA